AUGUCUGCCCCGGUUAAAGGAAUCGUUCGUCUUCGUGUACUGGCGGGCAAGGCUAGUCCAUCACCGGCCAUUGGUCAGGCACUUGGUCCACUUGGUGUUAACAUGAUGGAGUUUUGCAAGGCAUUUAAUGACCGCACAUCCAAAUUGACUGAAAAUAUUCCUGUUCCCGUCGUGCUCACUGCCUUUACAGACCGUACGUUCUCGUUUACUACUAAGACGCCACCAGCUUCAUGGUUUUUAAAGAAAGCAGCGGGUAUCACUUCAGGAUCAUCCACGCCAGGUCAGAAAGUAGUUGGUACUGUAAGUCUUCGUCAGAUUUACGAGAUUGCUAAAGUCAAGCAAGAGGAUGAAAUGGUAGACUAUAUUGAUCUUCAAUCUAUCUGCAAAACGCUUAUUGGAUCAGCUAAGUCCAUGGGACUAGAAGUCGUGCAGUAA